AUGGAAAACAAUCGGCGUUGGACAGCUGACUCUGUAGGCAAGGCAAGUCCGUUAUCAUCCGGAAAUGUUCGCUAUGCCGAGGAAGUUAUGGAAACAGUCCGCGGGAAAAUGGAGGAUGCCAAGCAAGAGCUUAUGAACCAAGUCGAAGAACAGCUUCAAGAUUUGAUCAGCGACUGCUUCGAGGAAAUCCGGAGUAGAUUACUGAUCGCUGCGAAAACGUCUCCAUCCACAUGUCAAGAAAAUGAAAAUUAUUUCAGCGAUUUGCGCGAAAAGGAUGAAAAGCCGAGUCGAAAAAAUGUCGAUUCCGAGGACUUCCUUCCUCCAAAACAAUUCGUUCUACGGGAUUCUGUUCUCACUGAUUUAUUUCGAGUCAGCCACAUCCGCACUAUUUACCACAUUUUCACCGCGACAUUGCUGCUUAUUGUUGUACAAGCUGUGUUUUCGGAGAUUUCGGAAAGGGGCAGUCUGGACCUUCGCUUCGAAAUGGUUUGGUGGACGUUUGGAAAGUUCUCGUCAGUCAUGCUCAUAUGGAUGUCAAUGUUCUCAGCGACGUGUGCGCUCUUCGUCGUUUUCUCCUUCUGGGCAUCGCAGCCAGCGUUGCAGACUUCGGUUUGGAGACUAGCCUUCUUCGUAGCAUUCCUACAUUACCUGGGCGCAUUCUUGUACUACCCCGUUUCGUACCUUUUGGAUCAUGAUCUUCCGGUUGCCUCUUCGUUCAUUGUUCUGAUGGAACAGACCAGGCUAUUGAUGAAGUCAUACGCCUUCGUAAGAUAUAACGCUUCCAAGGUUUCCUCCUGGUAUGAAUCCAAAGAUCGGACAUCAACCUUGACCGAGAAGACAAACAUUGAACCUAGCGGCUCGGUUGAGCACGGACCUGGUCUCGAUUUUUCAUGUUUUCUCUACUUCUUGUUCGCGCCGACGUUGGUGUACCGCGAUUCAUACCCCCAAACGAAGAAAAUACGAUGGAGCUACGUUUUCUCAAAUUUCAUGCAAGUUUUCGGGGUGAUCGUGGCGUUGUAUUUCGUCUUGACGAGGGAAAUUUUCCCUUUGCUGAAGGAUAGCAAUGGUGUUCAGCAACUGUCAGUCGCCAAGCUUAUGCAUUUUGGAUUCAAAAGCGAUUGGUGGAAUUCAACGUCGUAUACACGGUAUUACCGGAAGUGGAACAUCGUGGUGCAUGAUUGGCUGUAUGAGUACAUAUACCGUGAUGUUUACGCCCUUCGUUUGAAUCCGUUCAACCUUGGACGAAGAUUCGUUCCGACAGUUGUGGUAUUUUUCGUGUCAGCGCUGUUCCACGAGUACAUUCUCAGUUUCGCUUGCAGUUGGAUUCAUGUUCCUGCCGAAGUCAAAAAAUUCGAAGAGCUUAUUUUCCGUGCUGUGGAACAUUUUUUUGUGGAUGAAUCUCAUGCUGGGCUUUGGACUCCUGAUCAUCACAUAUUCCAUGGAGUUUCUCGCUCGGAAUUCAUAUCCUGUGACGACAUUGGUUCCGGGACGAUCAUUCUGCUCUCACCUCUGCCGAGAAGUCAUUUUCUCUAUGAAGAAAUGUUCGAAAGCGACACUGCUAAAUGCAGAAAGAAGUCAAUUUCCCUCGAAAUUGUAAUGGGUGAACCAGAGGUAGAAUGUCGCGAAUUCGAACGUGAAUUGGAGAAAAUUCGUCAACGAAGAUUACAUCACAUUGGUGAGUACGAAGCCUUGAUGAAACUCCCUGCGCCGGACGUGGACGUGUUCCAUCGUGAUCGAGAAGUACGAGCCGCUACGAAGAUACAGUCAGUUUGGCGAGGACGUUACGUUCGCAAGCAAUACUCUCCCUUGUUGCUGGAGCAAGAACAGCUAAAGACUCGAUCUGCGAAGAAACUUCAGAAAUUUUUCAAAGCCCGGGUAUUGGAUCCUCGCCGGAAAGCUGCUUUUGAAUUUCGAUUCAACGAUGAUUUCGUGUCGGAAGCCGAGAAGCAAACGCGGGAUCAGCCGUCGAUUCAUCGCACCAUCGAGUACAUUCAAGACGAGUUGAAGCAAGAGCCGGAAAUUAUUCGAAACGUUUCCGAUAUUAACCAACGAGUGAACGCUGCGUUUUCCGCGAUGGACAUGUGCGAAGAUAGAAUGAGAAAACUGAAGAGGCUUCAAAGUGAUUUGUCGUGCGCAACGAAAACUCUGCGAAUGAUCGCAGAGAAUCCUCAGAAAUUUCCGGAUGAGAAAUCUGCUCGUUGGCUGAGAUCCGGUUCUCAAGUGUUUCAUAAUGUCGCUAAGCUAGAAAACGAUAAGGUCGUGCGAAGUAUGAUGCGACGGUUCGGCUUGUUCGAUCGCGUUAUCAAAGAUAUGACUGGCGGUCAGGAC